AUGCCCGAGCCAGCAAAGUCAGCACCCAAGAAGGGCUCCAAGAAAGCCGUCACCAAGACCGCAGGGAAGGGCGGCAAGAAGCGCAGAAAGUCCAGGAAGGAGAGUUACGCCAUCUACGUGUACAAAGUCCUGAAGCAGGUCCACCCCGACACCGGCAUCUCCUCCAAGGCCAUGGGUAUCAUGACUCCUUUGUGAACGACAUCUUCGAGCGUAUCGCCGGAGAGUCCUCUCGCCUGGCCCACUACACAAGCGUUUCUACCAUCACCUCCAGGGAGAUCCAGACGCAGUGCGCCUGCUGCUCCCCGGUGAACUUGCCAAACACGCCGUGUCCGAGGGCACCAAGGCCGUAACCAAGUACACCAGCUCCAGUAAACAGCGCAUUUGGACUGCUCUACUAACCCAAAGGCUCUUUUAAGAGCCACCCACUCUGUCAGUAAAAAAGCAUUCCAAUCGCCACCAAAUGAAUGCGUAGGUAGGCUGCAUUACAUUGUAUGACCGCUGUUACAUUGUAUCAUUGUUUAAUGGGCGGCGCGCGCGCCGGCUCGGAGAGCGGCUACAUUGUAUCAUUUCCCCCUGCCCGUUCCAGCGUAGGGGUUUAGCGCGCCUUUUUUUGGUGUCUUUGCGCGCUGAAUAGUAACACAUGUUUGUCGGGCUCCAUUCCAGGUGAAGGCAAUGUAAAAUGGCACCAUUUGACAAAGGGGGUAAAUAAAUCAAUCAAAAGGCAGUCUGUUGGGUUUGAUUGGAAAGAAAUGCCUUUUGUCGUCUAAUGAGCGGAUAGUCAUUUUGAGUUGACUUCCUGAAUCGGUAGGACACGGAUGGAGUGAAUGGAUGCUCCAUCAUUGGACUAUACCCUAAUGAUGUGAACGAGAAUGAUAAUGGCAAGAAUAAAAAGGUGGUGAAUAAUAUGAAUGAAUGUAUAUAAUUAUAUAUAUAUAUAUAUUUAUAUGAACGUAGCCCUUUUGGCCUACGGGUCAUUUCCGGUCAAGGUCGCAUCAUCCAUAUAGUCCCCUGUAGCUCAGUUGGUAGAGCACAGCGCUUGCAACGCCAGGGUUGCGGGUUCGUUUCCCACGGGGGGCCAGUAUGAAAAUGUACGCACUCACUUAACUGUAGUGGCUCUGGAUAAGAGCGUCUGCUACAUGACUCAAAAUGACCAUGUGAAGUGUAGUACAUUUGAGUCAAGUAGUGUAUUUUCCUUCCUACUACACUCACGAGGCAACAGGAUAAAAGGCAGUGGCUUCCACGUGACAAAGUGGGGAUAUGAAUGUGUCUGUAGGCCAAGUCACAGUAUAACAAAGUGAGUGAGUGAGUGAGUGUGAUAGUCGUUGGAGCAGUAGUGGAUUCCAAUGACUACCUUGGGGAUAGCCUAUACAACAGGGAAAAGAAAAGAGGCCGCAAUCAGCCUUCUGACCCACAUGCACCUGCUGUGAUCUUCUCCCAGUCCAACCACAUAUGCAGCACUGUGCCCACUCGGAGAGAGAGAGACAGAGAGAGACUGAGAGAGAAAGAGAGAGAUAGAGAGACUGAGAGAGAGAGAGAUAGAGAGAGAGAGAGACUGAGAGAGAGAGAGAUAGAGAGAGAGACUGAGAGAGAGAGAGAGAGAGAGAGACUCCCUCUAUCUAGGCCUAUAUCAACGCGCCAUAGCCCAUGGGGCGCCAGCCUCCAUAGCGCCAGCCAGACACCAAGACCCACAGACACAAAGACCGAGCCGAGUCACGCUGCCGAGUCAAGCAGGUGAACAAUAUAUUAGUAGAGACAGCCAACCUACCUACCUACCAGAAGGGAGGGGAAGACAACACACAAUCUCACUGUGUAGAAAUAGUAGGCUACAAAUACAACAACAACACACACACUGCCAGUGCACAAAAAAGUACUAAUACACACACAGUGCAAGUAAUCAUGUCGUAGGACAGUUCAUACCAUGUGGAUCCUGUACAUACGACGAAUACAACUUGAAACUUGAAGUACAACACUAGUCCUCAGCCAGGCCUCACGGGUGCAUGUGUUUUAAGGUCCCCAAAAGAGCACUUCUUUAAAACACCCUGGUCCACAUCAGAUAAAAUCCUGCGACUUGUGACUGCAGGCCGCCCAACAACCCUGCCCCGCUUGACCCCAUCCCCUCCUCUCUUCUCCAGACCAUCUCCGGUGACCUUCUCCCCUACCUCACCUCGCUGAUCAACUCAUCCUUGAACCGCUGGCUAUGUCCCUUCCGUCUUCAAGAGAGCGAGAGUUGCACCCCUUCUCAAAAAACCAACACUCGAUCCCACUGAUGUCAACAACUACAGACCAGUAAUCCCUUCUUUCUUUUCUUUCCAAAACUAUUGAGCGUGCCGUCUUUAGCCAACUCUCUUGCUAUCUCUCUCAGAAUGACCUUCUUGAUCCAAACCAGUCAGGUUUCAGGACUGGUCAUUCAACUGAGACUGCUCUUCUCUGUGUCACGGAGGCUCUCCGCACUGCUAAAGCUAACUCUCUCUCCUCUGCUCUUGUCCUUCUAGACCUGUCUGCUGCCUUUGAUACUGUGAACCAUCAGAUCCUCCUCUCCACCCUCUCCGAGCUGGGCAUCUCCGGCGCGGCUCACUCCUGGAUUUGCGUCCUAUACCUGACCGGUCGCUCCUACCAAGUGGCGUGGCGAGAAGCUGUCUCCGCACCACGUGCUCUCACCACUGGUGUCCCCCAGGGCUCAGUUCUAGGCCCUCUCCUAUUCUCCCUAUACACCAAGUCACUUGGCUCUGUCCAUAUCCUCACAUGGCCUCUCCUAUCAUUGCUACGCUGACGAUACACAACUAAUCUUCUCCUUUCCCCCUUCUGAUAACCAGGUGGCGAAUCGUAUCUCUGCAUGUCUGGCAGACAUAUCAGUAUGGAUGACGGAUCACCACCUCAAGCUGAACCCUGGCAAGACGGAGCUGCUCUUCCUCCCGGGGAAGGAAAUGCCCCCUUUUUUGAUCUCCGGGCCCUCACGGGUUACAACUCCGUUUUCCCCCUCCCAAUGCAAGACCUUUUUGGGGGACCCUGGACAACACCCUGUCGUUCUCCGGGUAACAAACAAGGCGGUGACCCGAUUUUCCCGCAGGGUUCCCUGCUCCCACAACAUUUUCAAUCCCCCGGUUCCUGGAGGGGGCCUAAACCUUUCUUUUUUUAUUUCUCCUGGUGUUUUGGGCCCCCCUGGUUUUCCCCUUAAAAAUUAACCCCCUAUUGGAAAGGGGGUGAAAAACCCCCCCUUUUUUCCCCCCCCCCCCUCCAACCCCCGGAUUUUAAAACCGCUCCUUUCAACCCCUUUUCCCGGGGGAGUAGGGGCCCCCUUACCCAGGGCCGGGCAGUCCCCCAAACCCCAAACCCCCCACCCCCGGGGGUUUUUACCCCCAACCCCGGGUGUGGCUCCCCCCCCUGCCGUGGUUUUCCCCCCCCCAACCCAUCCAAAAAUGCCCCGGCCCCCUUGGCAAACCCCCAAGGUUUUCCCAAAAUCCCUUUACCCCCCCCUCCGGACACUCCCCCUUCCAGUUUUUAAAACCCCGGUCCGGGGGUUAAAUUUUUUAAAACCCCCCCCCCCCAAAAAAAAAAAAAUUUUAUAUAUUUAUAUAAUAUAUAUAUAAAAAUUAAAAUAAAAAAAAAACAUUAAAAUAAAAAAAAAAAAAAAUAAAAAUGAAAAUUUUAAGGUGGGUUUUCCCCCCCAGGGUUUUCGGGUAAUUUACCCAAAAUUUUUUAAAUUUGCCCUCUGGAUAAGACGGCUCUAAAACGUAAAUGUGCCCUUGAAACAAGGCCCCUUAAAACCCAAUUGCUCCUGGAAGGGCGCCCUGGAAAAAAGCGUCCCGCUAAAAGACUAAAAAGUUAAAAAGUAAAUGUAAUCGGGGGGGCCCCCAAAACCAAAUUUUAUUCCCUUUCCAAACAUCUCGGCUCACUUUACAAAAAAGUGCUGCUCGCAAUCGGAUGCACUUUUAGCCCAUUUAGGAGACAAAUAGCACAGGAAAAACCAGUGCGCACCGCUCCACCACCGACAGUCCAGCGGUGAGGUUUUGAGCGAGUCGCAACAAAAUGCACGGCCCUUCCGCGGCCCACUUGACUUUAUUCUUGAACGGAGACAGUUUGCUCGCUGGGCCGUUCGCUUUUUGGACCAAAAACACGGCUCCGUCGGUGACUUUUGGCCCGAUAUAGGCGACCAGAAAACACAAGUGAAAAAGCAUUUGGCCAGCCCAGAGAAGCCGAGCUGGGUGGCUUGAGUCUACAUGGUUCUCAUGUCGCGUUUAAGGCCAGCCCCCUGCUCGGUGUGGAGCUUCAAUAGCGCAGAGCAGCGUCUACAGCAAACUACUCCUCGCAGACCGUGUGUGUGUGUGUGUGUGUGUGUGUGUGUGUGUACCGGACCAAACGACAGAUAGACAUGGCAGACGUCGCAACCAGCACCCGCCGCCGCCGCGCCGGCCCAAGCCCCCCAAAAAAACACAGCCAAGCCCAAAAAUUUUACCCAGGUAGGCAACUCCCUCUUCCCAAAGGGUGUGGAAAACCGCUUUUCCCAAAAGGAGCGGCUUUCCCUGGCCGCGUCAAGAAGACGCUGGGCAGGGGGCCCACACUUUUGGGGAAAAGAAAACCCCCUCCCCCCCCGCGCAAAUCGCAUUUAGGGGCCUCGGGCAAACCCGGGGAACCCUGGUCCAACCAAGGGCACCGGGCUCCCUCCUUAAGGGUCAACAAGAAAAGCCGUCGAGGCAAGAAGCCCGCCCAAAAAGCCGCAUUUCCCCCAAAAAAAAAUUUUUUCCCCCAAGAACCCCCCGGCAAAACCCCAAAGGGACGGGAAGAAACCCUCCCCGCCCCCCAAAAAGUCCCUUUCAAAAAAAAACCCAAAAAACCCCUAAAACCACAAAAAAAAACCCCCCAAAGACCCAAAAUUUUUUAAAAACCCGCCGCACGGGCCCGAACACCAAGAUUUCCCCAGAAGGCUACAAAGGCAGCCAAGCCCAAAGCCGCCAAGCCCAAGUCAGCCAAGGCCAAGAAGGCAGCCCCCAAGAAGAAGUAAACCUAUUACAAACAGUGUUUCUACUCGACACAUGUUGUACCACAAAAGGCUCUUUUAAGAGCCACCCACCUCUUUCCAUAGAAAGCGCAUUGAUUUCCAUGUACUACCUGUCGUGAAAAAGAAAUUACGCACACUAGGCUACUUUUACACACACAACAUUGUCCCACUCUGGGUGUGUGCGAAGGGAGAGGCAUUUAAUAGAGGGCCAAAAUGGCUUAGAAAUUCGACCUCACGAGUGCACCCCUCACCAGCCAUUUUUAUAUAUGAGCCACUGGGCUAUUCCCGUUCAGAGGCAGGCUGCUGUGAUGUGUUACAAGUGCCAUGUAAUAAAAAUAAACAAUACUAUAGUGGCUUCGAAUUCAAACUCACGAGUGCAACCCUCAACAGCCAUUUUUAUAUAUGAGCCACUGGGCUUUUUCCCGUUCAGAGGCAGGCUGCUGUGAUGAGUUACAAGUGUCAUGUAAUAACAAUAACAAUACUAUAGUGGCUUCGAUUUUCAAACUCAAGAGUGCACCCUCACCAGCUGUUUGUUUCCCAUUUGGAGAGAAAUAAUGUGAGGAUUUCAUUUCGGACAUUUUGGCGCUCACGCGAAAUGACACAAAGUAACAAAGUCGGAGGGAAACAAAGUAGCCUCUCACUCGCUGCCUGUGGGUGGGAACCGGCUUAGGGCUGUCUGUCUGUCCCUCGCUCCAAUUGGAUAAGGCCACACUGCCCGGUGGCCAAUCGUUGCCUCUUGUGGCGAGGUAUAAGUACGGCUCCUCGUGAGUGGCGAGCGGCUCAUUCAGACUUUCUGUGACUUUCUCAAGCUACCAAUAUGAGCGGAAGAGGCAAAACCGGAGGCAAGGCCAGGGGAAGGCAAAGACCCCGUUAUCCCGUGCCGGCCUCCAGUUCCCCGUGGGCCGUGUGCACAGGCUGCUGCGCAAAGGCAACUACGCCGAGCGUGUGGGCGCUGGCGCACAAGUCUACCUGGCCGCCGUGCUCGAGUACCUGACUGCUGAGAUCCUGGAGUUGGCCGGCAACGCUGGGCCCGUGACAACAAGAAGACUCGUACAUCUCCCGUCAUCUGCAGCUGGCCGUCCGUAACGACGAGGAGCUGAACAAACUGCUCGGCGUGUGACCAUCGCUCAGGGUGGUGUGCUGCCCAACAUCCAGGCAGUGCUACUCCCCCAAGAAGACCGAGAAGGCAGUCAAAGCCAAGUAAAAUCGCUACUGCGACUUCAAACUUGACUACUCAACCCCCAAAGGCUCUUUUAAGAGCCAACCACCUAGCCUCUCCAAAAGCGCAAAGUACCUUUCUAUGACCCGCAAUACAUUGAGUGGUGUAUACACAACUAUUUCGACAUUCUGUGCCCACAUGAGGCCUUGCAUGAACAACAACACCUACUAGGCCUCGUUUGCCAUAGCAGGCUAAGCAUUAGAUUACACGUGCCUAUAAGAUGUCACUCUUGACUUUGGCGACUAUUAUUCUGCGUAAAGGGCCGGCGGCGUCCUAUUGCGCAUAAAGGGCCGGCGGCGUCCUAUUGCGCGUAAAGGGCCGGCGGCAUCCUAUUGCGCGCGCACCGGGAGUUUGAAUUUUGGAGAGGCCGGGCCUCCCGUCCAAUGGCCAACGGAGGAGGCCUGCGCAACGGGCCAAUCGGGGUGGUGGGGAGAUGGUGUCCAAUCAGCAGGCGCCACUGCCGGCUUUAUAAACUUCACAUAGGCAUUUCGAGGCUAUACUACUCCCGACUGUCAGAGCAGCGCCAUGGCCAGAACCAAGCAAAACCGCUCGCAAAUCCACCGGUGGCAAAGCCCCCAGGAAGCAGCUCGCCACUAAGGCUGCUCGCAAGAGUGCCCCGGCCACCGGCGGUGUGAAGAAGCCUCACCGUUACAGGCCCGGCACCGUGGCUCUGAGAGAGAUCCGUCGUUACCAGAAGUCCACUGAGCUACUCAUCCGCAAGCUGCCCUUACAGCGACUGGUGCGAGAAAAUCGCCCAGGACUUCAAGACCGACCUGCGCUUCCAGAGCUCCGCCGUGAUGGCCCUGCAGGAGGCUAGCGAGGCUUACCUGGUCGGCCUGUUCGAGGACACCAACCUGUGCGCCAUCCCACGCCAAGCGGGUGACCAUCAUGCCCAAGGACAUCCAGCUGGCCCGCCGUAUUCGCGGAGAGCGCGCAUAAAUGAGGAUGACCUGAACUCGAAAAUCCCCCAAAGGCUCUUUUAA